AUGCCGCAAGAAGAUAAUGGUACCGCUCCAGCGGAAAGUGAUUCCCUGGUCGCUGGUGAUCAAAACCAACCGGACGGCACCGUUGAAGGACAGGCCGCACCACAACUGCUACAGCAGCAACCGUCACGCGCUGAAUCAUUUUUUGCCAUCACGAAAUCACUGAUCAUCCGAGCAUUGAUUAUUUAUUUCAUCUCUUCAUUCUUCCGCCGGCCUGCCCCGGAUGCCGGAGUGAACCAACAGGCAACGGGCAAAUCGAAGAUAAAUGCCUGGAAUCUGUUUGAAAAUGGUACCGUGUUUGAUUUGCAUGUGUACAUCUCGGAAGAUCAGUACAAUGUGGACUUUACUGAUCCAAGCAGCUUAAUUUGGCUGCAAGAAGGCCUGGUGUACGGUGAUUGGUACGGAGGUCGUGACAAGGAUGGUAUCUUUACGCUCAAUACCCACAUUACAGCUUCCGAUCAGCUGAUGAACAACGGAUCGAUAUACCUGCACACGUACGUCACGAAGACGGGCCUUAGCCCCAAUCCGGCAGCAGGCGAAUAUUUCGCUGGCAAAAAUAUGGGCCACGCAAAGGCGAUGCUUAGCAAGUACAAGCGGAUAAAGCGAACAAAAACCCACAAUUUGCUCGCGGGAGAAAAGGAAAAGUUCGAGAAAGAGCUCGAAGAUGCCUUGGUGGAUGAUAAAAUACUCGCCCACUGGCAUCCGAACCUUACCAUCAACCUUGUGACGGAUCAAACUAACUGGAUAAAAGGAUCCGUGCCGCCUCCAUUGGACGAGUACAUUAAAUUUCUUCCGGGAGGUCAAACGUACCUGCCGAUCGUGUUCUACAACGACUACUGGAACAUGAUGCGGGACUACCAGCCCAUCAAUCGCACGACUCCCGUGCUGGAGCUGAACCUAUUGUACCAACCACUGUCCCUCUUCAAGUGGCAACUGUACGCAGCUCAAACUAUGCGCAACAAAUGGGCCAACAACAUGUUCACGGAAGCACUGUCCGGCGGCACUGAGUCGGACGAAGAUCAAGAUUCCUUGAAGGAAGCAUUGCUUGACAAUAAUCCGUAUCUGCUAGGCGUAACGAUCGUGGUAACAAUUCUGCACAGUGUAUUCGAGUUACUGGCCUUUAAGAACGACAUCCAGUUCUGGAACAACCGCAAGUCAUUAGAGGGUCUUUCCGUGCGAUCAGUAUUCUUUGGCGUAUUUCAGUCGGUGAUUGUGCUGCUAUACGUGUUGGACAACGAGACCAACUUCAUGAUCAAGAUCAGUUGCCUAAUGGGGCUCGGUAUCGAAGUGUGGAAAAUUCAGAAGGUGGUCAACAUCAACGUUAGUAAGGAAAAUCGCAUCUUCGGACUUCUGCCCCGUAUUACCUUCACUGACAAAGGAUCGUACGUGGAAUCCAGCACAAGGCAGUACGACAAUCUUGCAUUUAAGUAUCUAGGAUGGGUGUGCUUCCCGCUGUUGCUGGCUUACAGUGUGUACAGCGUCCUGUACCAGGAGCACAAAGGAUGGUAUUCGUUUGUGCUGAAUAUGCUGUACGGAUACUUGCUCACAUUCGGUUUUAUAAUGAUGACGCCGCAGCUAUUUAUCAACUACAAGUUGAAGUCGGUCGCUCAUUUACCCUGGCGAAUGUUGACCUACAAAUUUUUGAACACCUUCAUCGACGACAUCUUUGCCUUCGUGAUCAAAAUGCCCAUGAUGUAUAGAAUCGGAUGCUUCCGCGACGAUAUUGUCUUCUUUAUCUUCCUUUACCAACGCUGGAUCUACAAGGUGGAUUCGAAGCGUGUGAAUGAGUUCGGAUUCUCGGCAGAAAUGUUAGCAUCCAAAGUGCCCGCACCUUUGACUGAACCCAGUAGUCCCAGUAGCGCUGAUGAGCAGGAAGCCCCGGAAGCAGGAAGUCAACCCGCUUCCCCAAAUGCAAAGAAAAGGAAGAACAAAAAGUCUUCCCCGAAACGCAAGGGAGCGAACAAGUCAGCCACGGAUAAAAAAGAUGACUAG